UUGAAAGAUAAACAAGUAACGGAAAAUAACUGACAGCUUAUUCGAACAUUUAAAUUAAAUUAAAAGAAAGGAAUAGUUUAAAUAACUACAUUCAAUUGACACUCCUUUUAUUGAUAUCGACAGAAUGCUCUCAUCGUUAAAUACGCCAAAGAAUCACCUUACAACUCCCAAGAGGUUACAUAAAAGGGUGAUUACCAAAGUGCCUUCUGAAACCCCGGAAUGUUACACAAAAGUAACUGUAGAGACACCGGGACCCUCGAAAAUUGCUGCUAGCGAGAACAAAUGUGACGAAUUGAGAAACCUAACCGUAGCUGUACGUAUACGCCCGAUGAAUACUCGUGAAUUAAGUGUUAUAGGUUCGACUAACAUCAUAAACGUUAAUGAUAACAAAAUCACAAUCAAUUCAAGUUCACUAGGCUCCUCUGUCACAAAACUCGCAUACACAUUUCCUUACGAUCACGUGUUCUUGUCGUGUGAUGCCACUGAUACAAGUUAUUCUAGUCAGGAAGAUGUUUUUUCGGAUAUCGGCGAGCCUUUACUUGAAACCGCCUUCCAAGGUUACAACGCAUGCUUAUUUGCAUAUGGACAAACCGGCACCGGAAAAAGUUACAGUAUGAUGGGCAAAGACUCGCAGGUGGUAGACUACAAUGAAUCUGUCGGUAUUAUUCCACGGUUUUGUAAAAGAUUGUUCGAGAAAGUAAGUGAUCUCAGUUGCCAUUCUACAGCAACAGUCGAUGUUAGUUAUUUCGAAAUUUACAAUGAAAAAAUUCACGAUUUGUUACUACACUCGACCAAUAAUGUAAGAGUACCUUUAAAGGUCCGUGAGCAUCCAGUUUGGGGUCCUUACGUUGUUAAUUUAAGCACACAUACUGUUAAAUCAUACGAAGAGUUGAAGUCUUGGUUACUGUUAGGAAACAAAAAUCGGGCAACAGCAGCUACAGUAAUGAAUGAGAAGUCCUCACGUUCGCAUAGUAUUUUUUCGAUUGAAUUAUCAUUGUCCGAUGGUAAUAGUGAAGCGAAUUUAACGAGACGCAGCAAGGUUAGUUUAGUCGAUUUAGCUGGAAGCGAAAGACUGGGUGGUGUGAGCAACCAUGACGAUAAACAUAAGCAAGGUAUCUUCAUAAAUAAAUCUCUACUCACCCUUGGCAAGGUCAUUUGUGCACUCGCAGAUCAGAGGAAAGGUACCCAGUUUGUGCCUUACAGGGAAUCUGUUCUCACGUGGCUGUUACGGGAAAGUAUCGGAGGGAACUCGUUCACAUCAAUGUUGGCUACAAUAACGCCCUCUCACGUUCACGUCGAUGAAACCUUGGCCACAUUACGUUACGCAUGCCAGGCGAGAUCUAUUGUAAAUAGGGCUCAUAUUAACGAAGAUCCACACGAUCGUCUGAUAAGGGAACUGCGAACAGAAGUGAAGAGAUUGCAAACAUUGCGUCACCAAUACGAAUGCGACUCUUUAUCGUCAUGUAGCAUACAAAGUGACAAUUCUGGUGAGUGUUUACAAGAACUAGAAGAUCUACGACACAAAUUAUCAGAGAAAGAAAAUGAGUUAGAAAUAGCGCAAAAGAAUUGGGAAAAUCGAUACAAACAAAAUGAGCUGCAGCAAAUGGAGCAGCUGGCGGAAGUGGCGAAGGAAAAGGAAGAGUUGGAAUCACGUGUUAGAGUGAUGUCCAAUUUAAAUGGCAAUGUAAACUUAUCACCUUAUCGAACAAAUUUUUUGGAGGAAGUCGAAAAUUUACUGACCUCUCCAUCUAGAAAGCAAGAGUUGAUACGAAAUUUACAGUUGCAGUUAAAUACAUCAGGGUGUGAUUAUGAAGUUAGUUUAAAUAAAUGUGGAAAUUACGUAAAUAUUUUUGACAAUAGUACUCUUAAUAGUGCCAGUUGUACUGUAGGGGAAGUGCAGAAUGUUCUUAACCGUGAGGAUGCGGAACAUUUUUUCAAUAAUUUAAAGUGGGAUAAUCCGCCUAUUUCGGAAUUAGAAAUUAAUUCCGUUAUGAAUGAUAUUUAUGCUGCGGCAAAAGUUUUACAGCCGCACAUUAACAAAGAAGAGAAAGUGCGUUUGGCUUUUGCUAAAUUUGUGAAAUCUGCACAAGCGUUGGAAACUGCUUUGUGUAAUAGCGUUUCUGUGAACAAAUCUAAAAAAGGUGUAACUUUUAGAUUAUAAUGUUGAAAAUUGUUGUUGCAUGUUUUAUUUUGAAUGUUUUUAUAAUUUUUUUCAUAAACGAAUGGCUUUGAA